AUGCUGCCAUUUCGAAUGGCUCGACCGCGCCUGGGCCGCGUGUCCAUAUCAACCCCACGGAUACGGGCCCAGAAGUCAUAUUCAACCAAAAGCCCAUCCUCAAAUCGAAUGAGAUCCAUUGCGACUGCGGGUGCGAUCAGUGCACCGGGUCUGUGGUGGCUGAUAUCGGCCCGCGACGAUGUACCAUCUCUGGAGGAACCGCCCGUCGAUCACCCGGGCAUAGAGCCUGGUCUGUCGCAAGAGCGAGUCACCGAGCUCAUCUCGCAAGAGGCAUAUUCUUUCCCAGUCAGCAAUAUCCCCGGCGUCAAUCGAUAUGACGGUACUCGGUUGGCAUCCAAUAACCCCUGCGAAGACCAGUUCACUCACGGCAAACUCCCAUCGCCUUUCAAUGACGGCCAACAUUGGAUGGCUUGGGCCGUGUUUGAUGGGCAUUCCGGCUGGCAGACGGCAGAUUUGCUCAAACGACAACUCCUGCCUUUUGUAAGGCGCAGCUUGGGUCUGAUCGAGUCAUCUCCCAAGAAAGACUCGGUAUCCGAGGAAUUGGUCCAGCGUGCGAUCAUGCAAGGGUUCGUGAAUCUUGACGACUCGAUUUUCAAGACCGCUUUGGAUGCUGCUCAAGGCAAUAAGCCAUUUCAUGAGAAAGUGAAGGCAUUUCUUCCUGUGUAUGCAGGCUCUUGUGCCCUGCUCUCGCUAUACGAUCCCGGCACGAGCACAGUGCAUGUGGCAUGCACCGGUGACUCGAGAGCAGUCCUGGGACAACAAACUCCAGAUGGAAAAUGGGAAGCCAUCCCCCUGUCAGUCGACCAGACUGGCAGCAACAAAGAAGAGAUUCUCCGGUUGCAGGCGGAACACCCUGGCGAACCUGAGAUGGUCAAGGGUGGGCGCGUACUUGGAAUGAUGGUAUCCCGGGCCUUCGGCGACGGGCCAUGGAAAUGGCCCUUGGACUUCCAACAGGAAAUCAAGAAGCGGUUCUCUGGUCCAUCGCUGCUCACGCCGAGAUACCCUGUCCGAACCCCGCCUUAUCUGACGGCCGAGCCGGUUGUCACCAGCACCAAGAUCAAUCCCGGCAGGCCUUCGUUCUUGAUUAUGGCCACGGAUGGCAUGUGGGAUAUGCUGACCAGCCAGCAGGCUGUGAAUCUCGUUGGAAAAUGGAUAGAAUCCGAGUCGGCAGAGACCAGACCAGCCUCAACUGUCAAGCCGGCAUAUGAACCGUUUGACUUUGGUCAAUUUUGGAAGGGGGUCAGUUGGAGGUUUGUCGAGUCGAGGUCAACAGUUCAAGAUGAGAAUGCCGCUGUGCAUCUCGUGCGCAACUCCCUUGGUGGAGAUCAUCACGAGCUGGUGGCAGGCCGGCUUGCUUUUAGCGCUCCACACUCCCGGCGUGUUCGGGAUGACAUGACGGUGCAGGUGGUGUUUUUUAAUACCCCAAGGUUGAAAAGUAGAUAA